AUGGAUGCAUCGCGGCUCGAAUCUCUGCGCCAACGAAGCGAGAAAUCUCGUGUUUGGGAUCGUGUCACCGACUCAUCGACAUCGAUGAGAGCGUGGCGAAGGCGCCGAUGCGGAAGCAGAACGAUCUCGCCGUGUGCUGUUUGUGACCUGGAAAGCGAUCGAAGCAGUGGCCUGCACAGUGCGCAACGGCGCGCAUACGUCCCAAGGAUGGAGGCGCCCAGCCCGGUCAAGGCGCAUUUGCGACCGACGCGCCCUAAGAAGGAACCACACGCUCGUCCAAGCCCAGUCACUGAGAUCCGGCAUGAGGAACCAUCCAAUAUCUGGGCAUCGUCUGCCAGUGCUGUCAGCCUGUCAGGCCAGUCAACGCCCGAGAAUACUGCCUGA